AUGACCACAUCCACCGCCUCGGCCGCUGGAGUAUGGGCCAGAUGGGGUCUUAUUAUGCUCCCAAGUUGCCUACGAUCGGAGCGUUCUGCAUGGCUCGUUUCAGGAAAGACGAACUUUAUUGAGCGCGAUCUAGUGACGCCGCCAUUACAGCUCCAGCGCCUUAUUUUCCCAUGGAUCGAGGAUACCUUUGUGAAUGACGAGGGUCUAUCGUGGAAGACGCCGUCCUGGAUCGAAGAGUGCGACAAAGAGAUUUUGGGAGCAGACCCAGAUGUUAGUACAGAGAGCGACACCCAUUUUGUUCCUGCCGAGCAAACGAUCUCGAACAAGAGCGUGUCAACCAAAUCUGACAAUAGCGCGCUGGUCGACCGUGUUGGGUUCCUUAAGCCCUCCCGACCCGAAAGCGCGCCGCUCCGCAGGACAUCGCCUCUGCUCCUGCCCCGACAUCGUCGUCGUCGUCGACAAAUCUCCACAACGGAACCGCCACCGCCCCACGAAAGAGCCCACGAAAUCAGUGUCAAGAAGAAAAAAGAACGCGGUGGUGAGGAGGAGCCCGUUCUUGAUCCAGAACCUCGAAGGGGCGGGCAUGAUGCGACACAUUCGGAUUUGGUGCGAGCAUUGGGAGUCGUGUCUCAAUCUGUCGUGGUGGAGAGACGGAAGAGAAGGCACGAGGCCAAGGCGAGGAAGGCCUAG